GAGAUGUCACACUUCCGCUCUGUCGCUCCUCCUCCUUUACAUGGAUGUAGUCAGCUAAGAUCCGUGUGUGUGUUAGCCAUAUAUUUAUAUUUUGACGAUUUUUAUGAGCACUAACACAUAAAGGAUAUCCACCAUGGCUUCUCGAGCAGGUCCGAGAGCAGCAGGUACAGACGGCAGUGACUUUCAGCACCGGGAACGGGUCGCCUCACACUACCAGAUGAGUGUUGCAUUGAAGUCUGAAAUCCGUAAACUCAACAUUGUUCAUCUUCUGAUCUGGGUCCUGAUGGCAGCUCAGGUAACAGUGAGCCAGCUGAGCCUGGUGUCCCAUAAAGUGGUGGCCUCACCUUACCAGUGGGAGUACCCCUACCUCCUGAGCAUAAUUCCCACAGUCUUCAGCUUCUUGGCAUUGCCUCGCAACAACAUCAGCUACUUGGUAAUCUCCAUGAUCAGCGCCGGGCUCUUUUGUGUGGCCCCACUGAUCUACGGCAGCAUGGAGAUGUUCCCUGUGGCACAGCAGCUCUAUCGUCACGGCAAAGCCUACCGCUUCAUCUUCGGCUUCUCAGCCGUGUCAGUCAUGUACCUGGUGAUCGUCAUUGCUGUGCAGGUGCAUGGCUGGCAGAUCUACUAUAGCAAGAAGCUGCUGGACCAGUGGUUCACCACCACGCAGGAGAAGAAGAAGAAAUGAGUUGGAAAGCAUGCAUAGCACUGAUCUUCUGUUAGUUUGUGGGUCCGUGUGGGCAACGAGGAUCUCAGAGCACUGCAUUUUUGGAACCAGUCACUGAACUGGUGGAUUAAGCCAGCCAAGACCAAGAGAACAGACUCCUGGAAGUAAUGCUGUCCACUUUUUCUAUAUUUAUAUUUGAUAAUUGUUCAAUUGUUUGCAGAAUAUUAGUAUCUCUGUACAUCAAUCCUUAUGGCAUUUCAUUGCUCAAAAUACAACUGCAAAUGUUGUCAUCUAUGGUAACUGGAAGAAGGCUGUAAUAAUGUUCAUGUGUCAGGGGAAAAUUAAAGAAGAAAUGUGAAUAUCA